AUGAUCAGUACUCGGGAUUCUCACUCCUAUGCUUGCGACGAAUGCCGACUGCGCAAGUCCAAGUGCUCGAAAGAGCGCCCGAUCUGUGCACAAUGUAGGCAACUGAACAAAGAAUGCAGUUACAGCCCCAAAAUCACCAGGAGCCCUCUGACUCGACAGCACUUGACUUGUGUCGAAGACCGACUGCGCGCCUUUGAAACCGCUCUUGGAAGACUUUUCCCCAACGGCGAUUUGGAUGCAACUGUGCGUUCCCUGUUGCAAGACCAAGAGCCCGAGCAGAAGCCUCGCGCGUCCUCCAAGUCCUCGUCGAGGCAGUCCACGCCCAUCAAACCUGAUGUAGAUCAACAUGAGGCGGCGCCUGAAGCUCUACCGCAGCAGGCGGAUGGCUUCGAUUGGGCCGAGAAAGAGAUCACACGGGAUCUCGCAGAUGGCAUGGCCGCUCUAUCUAUCCAACCAGAAGGAACAGGGUAUUUCGGCGCAUCGUCAAGUGUGGUACCACUACGAGCUCUUCUAAAGCAUGGGUUCGAUCUGAAUUUCCCCAAAAAUCCGGCAUUCAAAGGCAAUGGAAUGGGUGUGCCGUUGAAAUCACAGCUGUUGAACACGGCACCGGCUGGCCUUAUCGAACAGGCGUUCAUGGACGCCUAUUUUCUAAACUACCACACGAGCUAUCCGUUCGUGCAUGAGGAGACGUUCAGGGCCCAGUUUCACGAACAGAUACCCCGGCCUCAUGGCCAAGCCUGGCAGGUGCUUUUGAAUACCAUCUUGGCCCUGGGUGCGUGGAGUAUUGGCGACGACAAUUCCGACCUCGACAUCACCUUUUACCAGGAGGCGCGGAGCCAUCUGCAGCAAAUGUCGGUCUUCGAGACUGGUAACCUCACCCUGGUGCAGGCGCUGUUAUUGCUGAGUAAUUACGCGCAGAAAAGAAACAAACCCAAUACGGGCUGGAAUUUCCUGGGGCUGGCAGUGAGGAUGGCCAUGAGUCUUGGACUCCACAAAGAGUUCCCUAGCUGGAAAAUCAAUCUCCUUCAACGAGAAAUCCGGCGGCGACUCUGGUGGGGGGUCUACAUCUUCGACAGCGGAGCAGCCAAGACGUUCGGUCGACCCAUCCUCCUCCCCGAGGACAACGUCAUGGACGCCCGACACGUACUAAACAUUCAUGACGAGGCCCUCACAGCUACAACAACCGUCAUGCCUCUCGAAGUUCAGGAGCACACUCUGUACACCGGCCUGAUUGCGCAAGCGAAAUUUCACCUCCUCACCAAUAGCGUAUACCAGCGUCUGAUCUCCAGCCCCCAUCUCACACCCGAAGAAACCUUGAAUCUUCAAAAACAGAUGGAACAGUGGUACAACGACCUCCCACUCUACCUCAGACACCCACCACCGCCGUCCCCCCAGCCGCAACCCGACCACAUCGCCUUGGUCCGGAACCGACUUCUGUGGCGUGACUGGAACCUGCGCAUUCUCUUGUACCGGCCCAUCCUGCUGCGCUGGGCGGCCGGAAAGUGGGCUCCCAACACCUCGACGCCGCGUGAUGACGAGCCCUUUGAAGCAGACUGCCGGAUGCUCUGUCUUCAAAACGCAAGAUUCACCAUCUCCUCUAUUUCCGAGUACAUGGAGAACAACAUCUGUACGAGACUUGGCGCCUGGUAUUUUCUCUAUUUUCUUUUCCAAGCUGUCCUGAUCCCCACCAUCUUCCUCAUGACCGAUCCUGCCAGCCCCGACGCCCCAAGCUGGCUGCACGACGUGGAAACGACCAAGAACCUCCUCGCACACCCAGCCCUGAGCAACAACCGACUCGCAACCCGGUGUUUGGAGGUUAUCAACCGAUUAUGCUCGCCCGCCGUGGCAACCGGCAGCCCUUCCUCGCAGGUACAGCAGCAGCAGGAGAUCCUAAUGCACAUGCCUAACCAACUAUUCAUGGAUACGACAUCCUUCAACACCAUUUUUCCAGAUGUAGAUCAGGAACUAGGGAUACAGGGGAUGGAUUUCUCAGAAUGGGUGAAUUUUGCACCACCUCAAUAA